AUGGACAGUCUAGCAGAUAACAUUGAAUUUGAGAAUAUUGAUAUCACUGAUGAGAAAUAUGUUCUGUCACCCCCUUAUGAACACAGGAGAACUUUAUUAAUGGUCACAAUAGCUGAUACCGAAAUGCAAGGUGUUGAUAUUGAAAGAGUAUUAGAAAUGGGUACCAAUGUGAUACGGUUUAAUACAAUCUAUAGCCCAAAACAAGAUAAAAUUAAGUUAAUCGAGAAUUUUGAAAAGGCAGCGUCAUUUUUGGCUCAAAAAUACGGUCUUCAUGCGUGGCCGUAUGCCACGUCCGUUGACCUGACUGCAAGUAUGGUACAGACCGGACUCCUUGAGGGAAAUCAAGGGAAGAUUUUAAGAAUCAAGGAUCAAGUACCUCAAAUAUGGAUAGAAGAAAAAUCAGAAGUUAUUCUAACUAAUAGAAUGGCAUUAUUCGAUAAAUGCAAUAGAUCACAAAUAUUUGUUGAUAAUCCUUAUUUAACAUCUGACGUGAAAAUAGGAAUGGAAAUAAACAUUUCCGAUGCAGAAAUAAUUAUGGUGUGCACAGCUAAAGGCGAGCAUUCAAUAAAAUGUACUGUCACCAAGGGGGGGUAUUUGCAAAAUAUGGCGCAUGUGUGCAUGAGGGGAGCUAUACGAACACGACCAUUUGUUUCCAAAAUGGAUUUGCAUAUAAUCAAGUUUGCUUUGGAAUACCAGAUGGACAUGAUCAUUAUAAAUUACCCACGAAACAUUGAAACAGUGAGUAAAAUAAAAACGCUUCUAGGGUCUAAACAAAAAAGGCCUUUAAUUAUAACUGGAAUAUCUACUCAAGAAGGAUUCGGCAACAUUGAUGACUUUAUUAGAGAAACUGAUGGUGUUUUACUUUCGAGAGAAUAUUUGACUUAUGAAGUGGAGCCAGCAUUGUACGAUCGCAUAGGUUGGAUGCAAAAUAUUAUAGCGGGAAAAUGUCGUAAGGCGGGUAAACCGUUCUACGUAUCUGGUGGAAUUUUUGAAGAAACCCUUAAAACUGGCAUUGCAAACACUCGGGAAAUAUCUGAAGUGACGAACGCCAUUCUAGGAGGAACAACUGGUUUUUCACUCUAUGAUACUUCUAAUAUGAACAACUUGUUUGAAACAAUAAAAAAUUUCAACGAAUUGUGUCCUAGUGUUGAACCUCUGUGUACAGAUAAAACCGAGUUUUAUCAAUUUUUGUCACGGACGAAAAUGCCAUUGAAUGCAGCCGAAGCUUGUGCAUUGUCUUGCGUUGAAAUAGCAAAUCAGACCAAAGCUCGUCUUAUAAUAGUACCUACAGUCAGUGGGGGCACAGUCGCUCUCAUAACCUGGUUUCGACCAAACAGUACUAUUUUAGCAGUUAGUACAACAACUAGGACUGUAAGGCGAUUAAAAACCCUUCGGGGUGUCAUACCACUUUUAUAUAAAGGUGAACCACGUAGGACGUGGUUCGAUAUUGUACAAGACAGGGUCAACUUUGCACUUCAAUAUGCUGUUGUCAAGCGCUGGAUUUUGUUUAACCACUAUUACAUUACGCUAGAAAAGGGAAGUGAACGAAGCUCUUUCUGUGAUGCAGUACGAGUAUGGAAAGUCACCGCGUCAAAGGAAAGCCAAAUCCAAUGUGAAUUAAGAAAGAUAUACAAUAGCAAGACCAACAAGAAGGAAUUUAAAAUGUGCAAUUUUAAAUAA